GUAUACUCAAAUAUUUGAUUUUCUUUUAAUUAUUAUUAUUAUUUUCUUAAAAUUUGGUUCAGUGUUUUACUAUUGUUAACCCCAUUGAUGAACCUCAAACAAACAAUUCAGAGAUGUUCACAAUGACCAUCUCAAGAAAAGCACUAAAAAAAACCCUUUCUCCUCCCUUACACCACCUCUCCACCACCACCCCCACCACCCCUCCAUGGUUCACCCCACCCCCACCCCCACCCCACCACCAUCAAGAUUCAUCAGACCCAAUACUCAAAACCCUUUCAGAAGCCAUAAAAAACUCUCCUUCUAAACCCCUUCAAGUUUCCCUCAAACCCCUCCUUCCAUCUCUUAAACCCCAUCACAUAAUCAAUCUCAUUAACCUUAAUCCUCACUCUUUACCUCCUUCUUCUCUUCUCUCCUUCUUCACAUGGCUUUCAACUUCCAACCCUUCAAGAUUUUGCCACACACUUCAUACCUAUUCCUCUAUGACACUUUUUCUUUACACCCACAAAAUGUAUCCACAAGGUCACUCUUUUAUCAACACUAUUGUUUCAAGAAAAGGUAAAGACUCAGCCUUUACUGUUUUUCAAGCAUUCUUGAAAGCUAAAGGUACAAACUUUACAUCUUUUGUGAAUGUUUUGAAUGGACUUAUAGAUGUUUAUUUGGAUUUGGGGUUUGUUUCUGAUGCUAUUCAGUGCUUUAGGCUUAUUCAAAAGAAUAAAAUUAAGUUUCCUUUUCAAAGUUGUACUAAGGUUCUUGAAUAUUUAAUGAAGCUUAAUUCACCAAUGGUAGCUUUUGAUUUUUAUAAGGAGCUUUUGGAAUAUGGAUAUCCUGCAAAUGUGUAUUUCUUUAAUGUUUUGAUGAGUAAGUUGUGUAAGGAAGGUAAAAUGAUGGAAGCUCGGUCGGUGUUUACUGAGAUGUGGAAGAGGAAUUUGAGACCUAGUGUUGUUAGUUUCAAUACUUUGAUUAAUGGCUAUUGUAGAUUAGGUGAUAUGGAUGCAGGGUAUAGGUUGAAAAAAGAAAUGGAGGAAAGAGGAAUUUCCCCUGAUGUUUAUACGUAUAGUGCUUUAAUCAACGGUCUUUGCAAGAAGUUUUGGAUGAGUGAUGCAAAUGAGUUGUUUAGUGAGAUGUGUGUUAAAAGUUUGGUUCCUAACGUUGUUAUUUUCACGACUUUGAUUAAUGGCCAUUGCAAGGGUGGUAGUGUUGCUUUGGCUAUGGACACUUAUCAGCAAAUGCUGAAGCAAGGAGUGGAACCAGAUUUAAUCACAUAUAACACACUUGUCAAUGGACUUUGUAAGAGUGGGGAUUUAGGGGAAGCGACGAAGCUCAUUCAUGUGAUGGUUGAAAAGGGCUUGAAGCCCGAUAAGAUCACAUACACAACAGUUAUUGAUGGAUGUUGUAAGGAGGGAGAUUUAGAUGGAGCAUUUGAGAUUAAAAAAGUGAUGGUUGAUAACAAAAUUGAACUUGAUGAUGUAGCAUAUACAGCCCUUAUUACAGGUUUGUGUCGUCAAGGGCGAACAGUUGAUGCAGAGAGAAUUUUAACUGAAAUGUUGAAUAUCGGUUUAAAGCCUGAUGACCCCAUUUAUACUGUGGUUAUUGAUGGUUUCUGUAAGAAGGGAGAUAUGAAGAUGGGUUUUAAGUUGCUAAGGCAGAUGCGAAGUAAUGGACAUGCACCUAAUGUUAUAACUUACAACGUGCUUUUGAAUGGUCUAUGCAGACAAGGACAGAUGAGGAAUGCUGAAAUGCUAUUACAAGCUAUGCUUAAUCUAGGUUUGAAUCCGGAUGACAUUACCUAUAACAUUCUCUUGGAAGGGCAUUGCAAGCAUGGGAAUCCUGAUGAAUAUGAUAAGCUACGUGGUGAAAUGGGGCUUGUGCAUGACUAUGCUACUUAUACUUCACUAGUUGGUAGCUUAAGUAGGACCUCAAAACGUCAGCCCAAGAAGUCUUUCAUGUAAUCAGAGAGCUCAAAUCAAUGAAACUGUGCAGGCUCCCUUGCUCUCUUGGGAAAUGAGUCCCAUGGUGAUCCAUGGAACUUCGACGGGUUGUCUGAAUGUGAAUUUAUUCAUCUUUCCUGCUUUUAUGAGUAUUGAUGGAUCACUUGAGCGCAUACAUUGGGGUUCAUCAUGUUGGCUUUUGGGGGUUUGGUUGUAAAUUGAAGUUGAGGCAGUCCAUUCUUUCAGUUUAUGAAUCUAGCUGGAGUUCUGAUCAGACUGCUUCGUAACUGCUGCCGUAUUGUAGGUGAAGUUUAUUCCAUGAAGUUAAUUACACUGUGAAUAACGAUUAUUUGGGUGGUAGGUUAAUUCAUGCGGCUAGAUACAAAUGAGGUUUAUAGAAGCAGAGGUAAGAAUGAUGCAAGAUGUUAUCCAAAUAAUAUUGAAUGGAUCAGCUCAAGUUUCUCCUGGCUUGUGAAUGAUGCUGUAAGAUGGAUGCCUUGUAGUUGCCAGGUCAUGUAAAAGGUGUCUUACAGAUGUCUUAAACUAGUCCGUCAAGAUUGCAGUCUUUAUACACCAGUGAUGAAAGGCUAUCUUUUUUCUCUGAUAGUUGAGAGGAAGCUAGUACAUCUCUAGUUAGCCUCAAGGAUCUGGCAUGAGUGAUACAACAACAAUAAGAACCAAGUACCCAGUGUACGCAGACCAUACACCCCCUACCUUGAGUGAUGGAGACGACAAAUCGGACAUGAGUAAGCUUCAGCUGUGACAUUCAAAGAUGAUGUAUACCAAGUUCAACAGCUCUGCUGAAAAGUCAUGUUCAAGGUAAGAGAUAGAAAUAUAUUUCGAGUAUCCUUGUCUCUCUUAACAAAUAAGAAAGGCAAUACAGAGACAUGUUCCAAGCAGUUUUUCCAUUUGCAAGAAAGUUUUUUUCAGGCUUUUCCUCCAAUGAAUUGGUUGAAGUGCAACACGGAUGGAUGAUACAUGUCCAAGAAUUCCUCAGAAAAGUUCUUGUGGCUUUUUUAUAUGCUGAGGCGUCAAGUAAUCUUAUCUAUGCCCAUAACAACAACAUAUCCAAUGUAAUUCCACGAGUAGGGUUUGGGAAUGCUAGAAUGUUCACAGACCUUACCGCUGCCUUUGUGGGGAUUAAUAGAGGCUGUUUAAUGAUCUUAUUUAUCUAUGCACACGCCCCGAGGAAAUUCAUGCUACUACAGACAUGGAGGUGAAAGCUAUUGCAACUAAGGAGGCUCUAAAAUAUUGUGUGAUAAAUAAUAUGGUCCAGAUGAAACUAUUUUCUGUGUUCACUUAUGGUAGUUUGUCAUUCUGUAAUAGCAAACUUUACAACAUUCUAUAAUCUGUUAGCUAAUACUAUAAUUUUUCUUUAAGUUUUUGCAAGUUCA